GUUCUAUUGAACUAUUUCACGUUAUCCUGAAAAGAAGUACAAUGUGACUGCAAGAAUAUUAUGUCCUAACAACUAUUCUUAUCAAUGAGUUUGUAGGCAUCAAUGCCAAGAUGAGACUUGAUGGUUUCAAAUAAAUUGAGCAUUGGGUAGAAAUUUACAACAAAUGUGAUCUUUUUUGUAUCCAAAUGAAAAGAAUAAUUGUAUUUCUGACGUUUCGUGACUAAAUGUAAGCCACUUCUUCAGAGUAAAUACUCUGAAAAACAAUUUUUCUAUAAAUUGGCAUAUACAAAAACUAUAUUUACUACUAAUUAUUUCUAUGCCAAUGGGCAUCCUGUAGAAAUAAUUCAGUGUAAAGUUGAGUUUCAUCACAAAAUUACAUCAGCUGAAGAGCCAUGCCAAAAUGAGCAGUCAACAAAUCAGAAAAUUAAUGGAAAAGCCCACCGAAUGGAAACCAUGUAGAAUAAUAUGAAUCCAUACACGAAAAUUAGAAACUUAGGUCUACAAAAGAUGUAUAGGAUACUACUGAAUGCAUUGACGCCGAAAUUCUCACCAGAAAUAUCAUCCUUACCAUGAAAUGCAUAUUAUUCAGAAUAGAUAGGAUUCCAUUUUUAUGUUAAAUAUCAAACGAUAUAAAUUGAUAUGCUUCUGUAAUACAUGACUAUAACUAACUGGUAUUCUUUUAUAAAGGAGUCAAGUGAAAAGUAAAUGUAUGAAUCUAUGUACGUAAAUUGUGUGAAUAUUUGUUUUCAAUGUUAAAGAAGAAUAAAUAAGUUUAUAAUCACUACACAGCAGUAAAUUUACAUUAUACUUGGCAGAAAGAGUUGCUAAAACAUUAACAAACCAUAAGAAAGAGAAACCUCUGAAUGUCACAAAACAUAGGGAUCUGUAAAGCUGAAGAAUCUAGGAGGAGAAGACUUUAUAUAUAAUCCUCCAAGUCUAACUAACAAAAUAAAAAGCUACCUUAACUGUUCUGGGGGAUAAAGCUAUCUCGAACAACAUGGAGCCACUUACUGAAAAUUGUGAUCUCACACACGUAAACAAUCAGUAAGUUAUAUCCAAUAUCAGUGUGAAUUGAUUACUGGAAAAUCUGUCAACAAUAAUAUUAUUUACUAGGUAUUUAGUUUUCAGCUUGAAGAUAAGCAGUGUCAGACCUGCAGAUUUGACAUUUAUCUGUGUUCAGAUAGGUCUUUUGAAAUUUGAUAUAGUUCGUAAUUCGGACUAAGCAGUUGCGACUUCUUUUGAAAAUGACAAGGACUUUCGAAAUUACAUUCACAAUAUAUGAUGGAAAGCGAAAUAAUUUUCAUACACAAUAUUUUAACCGUUUUCAAAUUUAUUAUAAAUGAUUAUUUAUCAAUUCAUGAUUUUUUCAUUUGAUGGAAAAAACAAACAGAUCAGAUGGAGUACAAUCCAGUAAUGUAACACUAGCUCAAGUGAGGCAUACAAUCGAACGCAUAGCUCCAUCCACUGCUGUCACACUAAAUGUAAGACCAAAAAGUGGGAGACCUAUCACAACGCAACAGCAACAGUACACACUAUCAAUUGAUAUCGAAUCAAGUUUAGAAUGGUUGUUUAGAAUUAAACCAAGUGAUUCACCAUCACAAUCUAUAUCUUUGAAUCAGUUAACCACACGUCUUGAAGGAUGUAAUCUAUUUUUUGGAAACUAGUAUAAAAACUCACAGUUUCCUGUUUUGUUCAUUUUUCUUUUAAUAGACUACAUUUCUAGAGAAAAAAAUGAGUUAUUCAGUAAUUCUAAGUAAAUAUAUGUUGGAAUUUUAUAAUUGUUUUCAUUUGUGCUCUACCAACCGUAAGAUUUUGCUUUGAGUAAUUUUCUGAUGAGAAUAUUUCUGUUUAAGAGGUUAAUAAGAGGAAGGCUACCUGUAAACACUACGGUUAUCGAACCCAUAUCCUCAUCAUAUAAUCAAGUACGUUUAGAAACAAGAGCUACUCCUGGUGAACAAAGUUUAUUGUUGUCACUAGGAACUACAAUUUUUAUAAAUCGUCAUACAACUAUGAUUAUUAAAAGGUGUUGCUGUUAAUCGCACUAAAUUAUUAUCUAUUACUUACUUUAAAGUCAGAAACUACCAAAAGUCAAUACGAGAUUGAUGUCAGAAAAUAUAAUUAUCUCAAAAUGUUCAUAAGUACGUCGAUUUAUUGUCGCUGAUUGGCAAAUUUAACAUCUUUUGAAAUCCAAAGUACUUAAUUUAUGUAACUGCUAAUGCACUGGAUCAUACAUAUCUUAUGAUUAUUAUCUUCCGAAAUUCAUCAAUUGAAGUUACAGAGUCCCCAUACGCAUUGGUACUAUGUGGGUAGCCAUCCUUUUUCUUCAUAUAUGACCUAACUUUCUUCCAAUGACGAAUUGAAAUCUACAGGCCAAUCAUUAUAUUGAUGACCAGUGGUUACUGAAGUCAACGAGGUCCUGGCUGCGAAAAUAAUGAACAGUAUCAUAGAUCACUGUUGAUUACUUGAAGUUCGACAAUGCUAACUACUGAAAUUUCAACUCAAUGGUAAAGUUCUUGUGCUGAUACCAAAAAUUUCUGAUGUCCGUUCGCAAACAAAAUUAAAUUGAAUAAACAACAUAAUAGAAUUUGAAACCAAAAGGAAAUAACCGCAAAUAUUAUGUUUGAGAUAAAGUAACAACGAAAUAGUAAAAUGUAAAUACUCGGUGGGAGUCUUGUUUUAGUUGUUUCAUAAAUAUCGUUCAGUAUUUUCAUCUGCUGCUAGUCUAGUAAUAUAGUCAUUCAUACUUUUUGCCGCAGUACAUUGAUAAACUGUACACGGGAAAUUGCUACAUUUUUUGAACUGCAUAAAAGUACUAAUAACUAGUGAAUAUAUUUUAAUCAAUGACCACACAACAUUGCUAAAUAUUAUUACAAAUUUAUUACCUAUAAAUGAUUCACAAUUGAUUCACUGCUUAUGAAACGUGAAAUAAACUGAAAUAUUUCGGAACAUGUUCUCGAAUUCUGAAUUAUUUAUGAUUACAAUUUAUAUAAAAUACAAUGUAACAGUAUAGAUAAGCAAUUGUUAAAUUCAGUUUAACAAUAUAUAUAUAUAUAUAUAUGA